AUGCCCUACUUCAACCUCCUUGUUCUCCCUGUCAACACCAUCGAAACCGGUCUCCCCAAAGACUGGGAAGUCCGCCACUCCCAGUCCAAGAACCUCCCUUAUUAUUUCAACAGCGCGACCAAGACUUCCUGCUGGGAGCCCCCCUCCGGCACCGACGUUGACAAGCUCAAGAUCUACAUGGCCAAGUUUCACUCGUCUCCGGCUCAAAAACAGCAACAACAACCACAAGGAAAGAUCAGGUGUGCGCAUUUGCUGGUUAAGCAUAACCAGAGCAGGAGGCCGAGUUCUUGGCGCUCGUCCAACAUAACCCGCACCAAAGAAGAAGCCCGCCAAAUCCUCGAGGGUAUCAAAAAGAGCAUGGAGCUCGAGUCUGAAUCCGAGCCUAUCUCCCUCGGCAAGCUAGCCCGGACUGAAUCCGACUGCUCUUCUGCCCGCACGGAGGGAGACUUGGGUUACUUUGGGCGCGGAGAGAUGCAGAAGGAGUUUGAGGAUGCGGCGUUCGCGCUCAAGCCCGGUGAGAUCAGCGGGAUCGUGGAUACGGCUAGUGGGUUGCAUUUGAUUGAACGGCUCGAGUAG